AUGGUUCCAGUCUCGGAGAACUCACGUCCAUCCAACCAGGCGAAACCAAUGUGCCCCAUUAAAUUCGCAGCGGCCGAAAAACAAGUAAGUAAUUCUAGUCCUCUUCCAGUUUUAGCGAUCAAAGAAAACGAAAAGGAUAUUCACGCGAGGAGAGGGGGCUCGCGGUUCGAAAAAUGAAAAAUUGCGGCCGCUUUCUAGUCGGAGGAGCCUCCCGUGUAUGGACGCGUUUGUGAAGGGAGGAUGCGGCGGUGGCAGUAGUGCCGUUGCGUAUAUAGACGUUGUUUGUUCGGAGAAGCGAUAGAUGUCGACCGACUACGGAAGAGAAAGCGGUUUUUGAUUAGACCGAAGCGCGAAUGUGCGCAACGGUUUUGUGCUCGCCGCCGCCAUUUCUGGAAUCAUAAGUCUUUCCGUCUGUCGCAGUUUUGGAGCGGUGCGCAGAAGAGGGACGGCGACAGGGGAAGAGUGGAGCCCGGCCAUAACAAAGAGUAGUACAUAAAAGAGGAGGGAGCCACGACCCGCCGAAAAUAUUUGUAUUUUUGUCUCUUUCGCUUAUUGCCCGCAUUCAUUAACGCAAAUGCAAGUAGGUAAUGCGUAGACAAUGAUUUCCGGAAGAAGUUUUGGCCGUUGAAGAAAGAACAAUCAAAAACGUUUUUGGGGAGAAAACGAGAAGGCGAAUACGAAUUUCCGUGUGGUUAUCGGCGUCGACUGAAAAAGAGAUGAACCUGGAAGUAAGUGAAGGCAGAGCAGAGGGAGAGAGAGAGAGAGAGGGCAGGAAGGCGUCGAGAAAGGGACAGAAGAGGACUCUUUCGGCAGUAUUAGAUUAGAAGCGGAUAACAGACGCGUUCGUCGGUGUAGGCAAACAAAAAACGACAACGAAGUAUCGAAAAACAACAACGAGGCAAAUAAGAAGAAAAGAGGAAGACUAUGGGACACUGAAUGCACACGCACACACACACGCGCGCAGAUACACAUUCACGGUGAAAAUGUGACAAAGAUGGGAAGAAAAAGAGAAUAAAAACUCGGUUAGCGAGAUGAGAAAAAGAAAUUGGUUGGGUUGAACGUGGCUGGAAAUAGCGCGUUGUGAUGAGAGGAGCGGUUCGCUCGUCCGAAUAUCCGCUCGCCUCACACUUUUUGUUUUCGGCCCUGCAGAGUGCAAUGUAGAAUUUUAGAUAGUGUUGGUUUUGGAUGGGAGGAUCGAUGAGCUUAUUGUUCGCCAGAGUAAUUGACCCUUCUUCGGUUUUUUUUUGUCUGUGUAAUGUUUUUAAUGGUAGCACUCAUCUCGUGGUCAUUCGAUCAUUUCGCAAGAUGUGACGUGGCAUGGCGCACAUUGAGAUAGUGGAGCGUCAGCUCACGCUGCCUGUGCCAACCCAUCAAUCAUAAGCCCGUCUUGUUUCCGGCGUGUUUUCUGCGAGAUUCUAGCUUCUUCUCCUAUUUCCACUUUCGUUCGGACUGCGCAAGAACCUCCUAAGGUGUUCUGUUCGAAAGCGAGUCUAGUAUGAAUGAGAGUUUGAGAGCAUUGAAAAGGCAUCUUCCUUAUCCCUAUGGAGAAAGGGCUCUUUUCAUUCCGGAUAUCGUUUGGGGGACAGAACACAAAAAUGAAUAAUUGUCGGACGAGUGGAGUCCCCGGAGGAGCAGGGGAAGUGUGUGCACACACACACUCGCAUCGCCUUCUCAGCGAACUCGGCAAUGUUUGACAAACCAGGCGUGGGAUGAAGAAAAGAUGAGGGGAAAACUGAAAGAAGAUGUCGAUGGAUGCGAGCGCGAAUAUAAAUUUAGGAAAAUGACAUUUGCAUAUGUUUUGCUCUCUUGUCUACGCGUCGGAUUGCAAACUUGCUCUAUUCUCCCGAAACCGGAGAACUGACGAAGGCAUUUUUGAAAUAGAUGUCUGGGGAAGACGUGCGUGACUUUCUUGUCAACGGUUAAGCGAAGCGGCUAGGAGCUAAUCGUCACCGAUAAUUGCGAGUGACUUUUAUCCGGAAGUAGUCGCCGACUCGAAGCGCAACGUUAAGUUGAUGUGUCGACGGCGAUGAAGAGGGAAAAAAUAUUGUUAUGCCAAAGGGAUACCAAACUAAAACAAACACGUUUUCAGGCGGCAGCGUUCAAUGAGAAGGUCACUAAACUCAUCGACCUCAUCGAGUAUCCCGAAUGCAUCAGCAAUACCUUCCUCAAUUGCCUUGGAAAUGUUUGCAACACUUCCAAUCGCAGACCUUAUAUUUUUUUUCCAGAUUCUCGUGGUGGAGUCUCUCCCGUGCGCUAGAGCGAUCGCGUACGACAAAGAAGUUCAUUUGCGUGUUAUCACGACCAGAGGAGAAGAUGUGAGACAUACUGGAGUCAUGUCAGCAGGAAAAUUGGAGCAGGGAAACAAGAGCACCUUGCUCACGUUUGCUCCAUUGGUGGAAAUGCGAGAGAGAGAAGUCGAGUUGUGGCAGCAGAUGGAUCAACUGAAGGUCGAUCUGAAACGCAACGAAUCCCUUAGUCGAGAAUACGAGCGCCUGAACAGCGAGUUGACCGAAAAGGCGCGAAAGCUGACUCAAAUCAAGAACAACAUGAAAAACUCGGAAAUCGGAGUUGUUCAGAAGGAUCUGGAUGAGGCCAAGAAGGUCAUCGCCGAUUCGGAACAGGAGAUCGCCACAAAAUCAAAAGAGCUCGCAGAAUUGCAAACAAGAGUCAGAAAUCUCGACCUGAUGAAGAACAAUGACAAGAAUUCGCAGGAUAAGAGAAAGAAGGAACUGCAGCGUUUGCUCCGUGAAGCUGACGAAAGAGCCAAACAAAACAAGGACCAGGCGGAUGCUGCCAAACAGAAUAUUUUGACUUUGUCGUAUGUUUUAGAAUUGAUUUAUUAAGAGAAAAUGGCAUGUUUCAGAGCGGGGGUCGAUGAUUUGGAAGCCUCGUUGAAAAAAGAUGAGGAGGAAGUGAAUAAUAAGAAGAAAGCGAUUGAGGAGUUCCAGGCAAAGUUGCCCUCAGCUGAAGCCGAGUUGCAAGCUGCGCUGGCAGAGGAGCAUCAAGUGCAGACGAAGAUCGACGAGCAGAAGAGCAGAUUGAGACAGGCGAGCUCCCGUCUCGCGAAACUGUCAAAGGAAGCUGAUGCAUUGCGCAGGGAGGAAGGGAAAACGGUAGGAAAACGCCAAAGUAUUUCGAGUGUAAAUAAGUUUAUCUCCAGAGACAAAAGAAAGAAGAGAGAGAGAAUGAGGUAACACGACUCAUCGAAGCAGAGAAGGCGAACGAGAAGCACGCCAAGGCUAUGGAAAAGAAAAAUGAAUGGAUCAAGGAUGAGCAGGUCAACUUCAACAAGAAAGGAGGAAACUUCGACUUCGAAGGCUACACAACCAAAAAGGGAAGUACCGAGGUCAAUGAGUUAAACGAGAAAAUCGAGAAGCUCGAAAGAUGUCUAUGCGUGAAGAACGUUUCGAAUUUGGAUACUUGUGAGGCUAGGGUAAGCGAUUCUACAGCUGACGACAAAGAUUAUAUUGUCUUGCUAACGUGAUCAUUAUGAAUGUGAAUGAAAAAUGUAUAUUUUCAGGUCAUAGACAUCAAAAACAAGCGAGAAAAACUGAAGGAGGACUUUGCAAUGCUGAAGACCACAAUCGCGGUCCUCGACACACGCAAGGUUGCGGAGUUAGAAAAGGCGUACGCUUCGAUCGACAACGUGAGUGCCCCUCGGCCGGGUGGUAACGUGCGUGCGCGCAAGUAGGCUGGCGGCCACUGGUUCGAGGUCGGCCGCUGUCAAUGAUGUCCUAAUCUACGAUUUAAUUCGAAUGGCUGUGAGAUAAUCUUGCGAAACCUGAGACAUUUUGCCGUCCUCAUCCCAGAAUUGCCUUCUAAUUUUUUUUUAGAAGAAGCAGAAAAAAGAAAUUACAUAAGAAAACUGAAUAGCAAUCUUUCAGGACUUUGGAAAAAUUUUCAACUGCUUGCUGCCAGAUGCCGAUGCUAAGCUCAGACCUCCAGAGGGCAAGACAUUCCACGAAGGCUCGAAGUGAAAGUCUCGUUCAACGGAGUCGAGAAAGACAGUCUUCACGAGCUCUCCGGAGGCCAGCGUUCCCUUGUCGCUCUCUCGUUGAUUCUGGCCAUGCUCAAGUUCAAACCAGCUCCACUUUACAUUCUUGACGAGGUCGAUGCCGCCCUCGAUCUAUCUCACACUGCCAACAUCGGAAUGAUGAUCAGAACUCAUUUCCGCAACAGCCAGGUGAUCAUACUCUCAAUUACAGCCUCCUUAUGAAUGAUUUUCAGUUCAUCAUCGUUUCCCUGAAGCAGGGAAUGUUCUCGAAUGCCGACGUGAUCUUCCAGACCAAUUUUGCCGACGGUCAUUCCACGUGCACCCGCCUCGUCGGUGAUGCUCUUGAGAGAGCUAAGAACGACGCUAGACUGGCUAUUGAAGCUGUGGAAUUCGACAAAAAACAAGCGGAGGAGGAGCAUCAGGAGAAGCAGCAAAAGAAGAACAAGAACAAGAAGAAUGCCGCAGAGGCCGGCCCCAGCAACUGA